AACGGAACCUAUCUGGCUGCCAUCGCCGCUUAUCACGACAAAGCUAGUCACACGUGGGCACAAGUAGUGCUCACUUCCCCCUCUCCCCUCCUGGCUAUAAAAGCCAGAUUCUACGAUCAAUAAACGCCUCUUUUCUUAUGCUUGCACGGGACUCGUCUCAUUCGGGGAUCGGAGCGCGCGCUGGGUGGGACCUUACGAUGUAACAGUGGCGACGAAGGCGGAAAAAACCCUCGGAAUCAAGAACGAGCCAGACAACGGAGACCAAGCAGCGGCUGCGGAAAGAAUUGUUCUAAUGGCGCAUCAACAGCUACCGGAUUAUGACGACGAAAGGGACAACUGGAAAGCAUACAUCAUCAAAGCAGAGGCUUACUUCGAAGCGACGGGUAUCAGCGACCAGGCCAAGAAGAGGGCAUUGCUUAUCGCGGCGCUGAACACAAGAACCGUGCAAGUGCUCGCAGGAAGAGUGGCACCAAGGAAGCCCAACGCGCUCACCUAUGACGAAGUAGUCAAAACACUGGAUGAUUACUUCGACCCAAAGCGCCACGAAACUACGGAAAGUUUCCGGUUUUUCAACCGCUCUCAAAAGGAAGGUGAGCCACCGGACACCCAUUCGGGAACGACCACGUCUGCCGUAGAGGACAUCCUCGCCGAGUUUCAAGACGUGUUCCAGCCAGAAGUCGGAGUGAUUGAUGGGCCCCCGGCGCGCCUACUGCUAAAGGAGGGAGCCACACCAAAAUUUUACCACCAGCCGCUCCUGGGCCUCCUGAAGUCUGACAGGCCUACACCACCACUGGCUGCUGCUCGUAUCCAGCGGUGGGCGUUGUAUCUCGGAGGAUUCCGCUACAGGCCACAAUACUGUCCUGGAUCUACAAAAACGGACGAGUGGACGGUGCCAGCGGACGUCGCCGUUCAUGUCCGUAAUUACGGGCAGGGAGAUAAGUGGACUCCGGGAAGAACCGCAUCCGUAUCCGGUGCCCGAAUGGUCACCAUUGAUACACCUGAGGGACCCGUACGGCGGCACAUUGAUCAGGUGCGCUCGGCCCAGUCAAGCCCGGAGCAGUGUGAACCUAUUCCCGAAAACAAAGAGACAGAACCAUCCACGAAGCAGGUAGUGUCUCCAGCACGACCACCUGUCCAGGGGCCGACGCAAGACACCCCACCUGCAGAUGCUGGCGAAGUACCGCUACGUCGUUCAAAGCGACAGCGGAAACCACCACAGCGUCUCUACAAUCUUAAGGGGAGAGAAAUGUAG